AAACACCUCCAUCACAUUCCUUCAUAAAAAUGCUUUCUUCUUAAUAAUCAAACUCACAUGAAUUUGUAACCAAAACCUUCCUCUUUUUAUAUAGUGAAGCUUUUGGAACAUAAAAUAUGGGUAACUAUGUUGCUGCUCUCGCAUGCCCUUCAUCCGUUGCGUCCGGGAAAGUUAUUUUAUGGGACGGGUCGGUGAAGAAGUUUAGUUGCCCGUUGACGGUGGCGGAGCUGAUGCUGGAGCAUCCGCAACAGGUGGUUGCAGAGUUCCAGGCGGCGGUGAAUCAGAAGAGGCCGGUUCCGUUGCCGGCGGACCACGAACUCGACGUGAAAAAGGUUUACGUAAUGCUACCCAUCAAACGAGGGAAGCCGACCACGUUGUCGUCGGAGGAAGCUCGUCGUGUGCUUUUGAGUGCGAACUCGGUGUUGAGAUCGAAAUCGGUUCUACAGUCGUCAAAGUUUCUCCCCCUGUUCGCUAGGAUUUGCCCUGCGAAUGAUGUUCACGAGAUGGAACGUAAAAUCCCAUCGCAGAAGAAGGACAACGGUGGUGAUAUGCAUGAGGAAGUUCGAUGUUUAACGGAGUUUCUGCCGGAAAAUGUCGAAGGUAGGCCGGAGUAUUUGAUUAGGCAAUAUUCAGGCAAAGGGUGGAAGCCAGGCUUGGAUACCAUAAAGGAGAAAAUGGUUGAGAAAAAGGUUAAGGUACCCCAUUGGCUGUUUUGAACCUUACAAUAAACAGCUAGCUCUAGGUUUCUGUAAUUUCCCCCCCUUCUGCUAGGAUAGUAUUCUACGUUGUGCAAUUAUGUUCAUAUCAU